AUUUAUUUGAAAUGUAUAAUCGAGCAGGACGUAUAAAUGUAGGAAAACGCGAUAAAGAAGGAAAUUUAAAACAUGAUUGUGAUAUUCAGAAAUUUAAAGAUUUAUCAUUUAGAAUUAAAGUUGAAACACUUCCAACCGAAGAAAAUCUUGCACGAAUAUUUUUUUUAAAAAAAGAUAAAGAAGAAGAAAUUCCAAUUCCUGAUGGAAUAACUGUAGUUGAUGUAACUUUUGAAAAUAAUGUAGUUAAAGAUCCUGUUGUAUCUGGCGCUAAUUGGUACUUGGUUACACAUCCAUAUAAAUAUAAUAUAUAUUAUGAUCCUAAAAAAAAUAGAUGUACUCGUGAAUAUAAAAUUUAUUCAUUAAAUGCUGGAAAAGAUUACACAAUUAUAAUUAUAGAAAAACUGAUAAAGUAUUAG